ACAUGUAGUUUUAUUGCAGUGUAUUGAUAUUAAACUAGCGUGUCUCUUGUUAUCAGCGGAAGAAGAAGCUUUAACACUAAGAGUCAUGCUCCUGGUGGAUCCCGGUCUUUACAUCGGAACUGCGGCCGACCUCAACGACAGUCAGGCGUUGGUCGAUGCAGCCGUCACUCACAUCCUGUCUGUGGACUCUACAGACCCCGCCUCUCUGCUGCCUGCUGAUUGUGGCUUCAGCAGGAAGUGGAUCAAUGUUUUGGAUGAGGUGACCUCUGACCUCCUGAGUCACAUGGAUGACUGCUUCCUGUUCAUUCAGGAGGCGGUGGAUGCAGGCCGGGCUGCACUGGUGCACUGUCAGGCUGGUCGGAGUCGCAGUGCCACCAUAGUAACUGCUUAUCUAAUGAAGAGAUACCAGCUGGACUUCACUGAGGCUUACAGCAGACUGAAGAGUGUCAAGCAGGAUGUACAGGUCAACAGUGGAUUUGAGGAGCAGUUGAGUCUCUAUGAGGCCAUGCAGUGUGAAGUGGACACCUCCAGUCCACUGUACAAACAAUACAGACUGACCAAGAUCACUGAGAAAUACCCUGAGUUGCAGCACGUACCCAGGGAGCUGUUUGCCUCUGACCCGGCUCACUCCAGCUCCUCUGAAGUGUCCUAUCGCUGCAGGAAGUGCAGACGAACUCUGUUUCGUGGCUCCAGUAUUCUCAGUCACACAGUAGGAGACGGAGCAUCAGCCUUUAGUCACAAGAAGUCCCGUAACCUCACUGGAGAAGUGCAGUGUACGUCAUACUUCAUAGAACCAGUGCAGUGGAUGGAACAAGCUUUAAUCGGAGUGAUGGAUGGACAGCUGCUGUGUCCCAAGUGUAGCUCUAAGCUGGGCUCGUUCAACUGGUGUGGGGAUCAGUGUUCGUGCGGUCGCUGGGUCACUCCGGCCUUCCAGCUGCACAGAAACAGAGUGGACGAGAUCCGACAACUGAACAUACAGAAAUAACACACACACACACACAUAAUUGAACACAGACUCUGCAAGCUGAAAAGGAGAUACCAGUCAGUAAUUAGGAUGAUGGUAGCAUUUUGAAAAAGAGUUGCAUUUUUAUACUACAGCACAUUUUCCAGUGCAAAAGUUCCCUUUAAUUCAAACCAUGGAAGUGCUCUGUAAUUCUCAUAUAUCUUUGUAAAU